GGGAAUAAGUUUCCCCUGGAUUCUAUGGGAGCAGGUGGGCGGGGAAGUUUGUGUCUUGUCGGCUUUGCGCUGGGUGAAUUGAUGGCGAUGACCAUGGCCUGCUGGAAGCGUCUCUGGACUCUGGCCGUCCUGUGCAUCUUGCUGUGCUGCUGCCCGGCGAUGGGACUGGACGCGGUGUCCACUGUGACCCCUUCGCCGACUCCUGCUCCGUCAUGUUCUGAUUUUACUGGAAUGAAAUGUGAAGCCUGUAUAAAAAAUACUGCAUGUCUUUGGUGCAACAAAAAUUCUACUUGUAUGGAUUAUCCUGCAAACAAAAUAAUUCCACCAUCAUCAUUGUGUUCACUUACAAAGUCUUACUGGGCAAUAUGUUGGGCAAGUUUGGAAGAAAUCAUCAUCACUAUAGCUAUUGUUGUCGGCAUCAUUCUGGUGCUCAUGAUUUGUUGCUGCUGUUAUUGCUACUGCAGAUGUCGCCGCCGUUCCGAAAGGAGAGCAACCAAUGAAGAAGAAGAAACAUUUAUUGGUGAUAGGGAAGAAAAACGACUGCAAUACGCUCAACGGAGACAUGAAAGAAAAGUAAAAUACGAUGAGCUACGCAGAAAAUAUGGUCUGCUCCAGGAUUCUGACCAUCCCUAUAGUAGAUAUGAAAACGAAUGAAAAAAUAGUACUACUGCCUUAAAAUGAAAUGUUGAUGUUUUCAUUGCACCAAAUUUGUACAUAAAUAUUUAGUAGAACUUAAUUUUUAUUUUGCUUUUUUUCCUCCUCUUUUUGGAAACAACAGUAUUAUAUUUGCAUAUAAUGAUUGUAGUAUAAAAUGCCUCAGUUUCUUUUUCCCCAUAGAAAAAAAAAACCUAGAGGAAUGCAAGUUUGAAGUAAAGAGUUUAUUUUUUCUUGAACAUCACAGACUUGCGGGGCGGGGGAGGGGGAACAGUACUGUCAUCUUUUCUAUGCUGCUAAAUAAAGAGGCUCUUUAAAUCUGUAUCAAGUAGGUGUUGGCAAAUAUUUGACACUGCAGAGGUGAGGUAUCACAUAAUCAUAGCUUACAUCACCUUUAUGUUAAUAGAAUACAAAGGAUGCAAAUGAAAGAAACUUGCUGGCUAGCCAGGACCUUCAGCACCAUCAGAUUCUUCAAUAUGGCCUCUUAUUCACUGCAGCCUGCCAUAGUGUCUCAGCUCAAAUUCUUGAAAUUGGCUUUUUCCAGUAUUUAAACAUCCUGAUUGCAAUGGGUUAUAUUGUCCCUGAUCCUUUGUACUUAAGGAGAGACCACCUAAAUGAACACCUGACUUUAAAAAAUAAAAUUUAAGAAGAUAGUAAACAUCUGCAGUAUUAUAUCAAAAAUCUGCUGGCCGUUUAGGCAUGUGUUAACAGCUUUCCAUUUUGAUCUCUGUAUAUUCGUAGAUUGUGUUGAAAAGUCUUGUUCUUGAUUCAUUCCUAAGCAAUUACCUAUCUACUUUUUUCUAAUAAUGUACAAGAACUACUGUAUCUACUUGGUUUUUUCUAAUGCACAAAUGUUUUGUAUAUAUUUCUGUCUGUAUAUAAUCAUUCCUAACAUCUAUCAAAGCAGAUAUUCCCAAUAUAUUAUUACUGUAUAAUUAAAAUAGAACCAUUAAAUGGUUCACUGCGCUGUGCUUCAGACUUGAAGAGAAGAAAAUGCUUUGAAGCUCAAUGGAUGUUCCUCCUCCUUCAGUCCAACAAUGUAUUUAGUGUGGAUCAGUUAAAUAACCUUCGCAGCUGUACCAGGAUCCCAGGCUCUUCGAUUUAGCAAUAGUUAAGUUGGUACGGACAUAUGCAUCCAAUAUACACUCAAAAGUACAUUUUUCUUUUUACAUCUGAAGCACAGCAUAGCUGCUUUAUUUAGAUAUUCAUAGUUAACACUGUUUUUCUUCUUAAGCAGGGAAGAAAAAUGAUCUAAUAAAGACUGAAAUUGCUUCAUAGUGAACAUUGCAUAACAAUUUGAAAAUGGUGGGAAACAGGGUGGCUUCAGUAGAAUACUUUCUUUUUCAGAAGAACAUGCUGUAACAUUUUAUUGUGGGUAGCAUUCCUCCUCUGUAUUUAACAAACCUUUGUCAUGUCAUUAUGCAGCUGAAGUUCCCUAAACAAAACUGAAAACUUAUAUUCAUUAAGAAGAUGUGAUUUUCAGGAAUAGCUCACCACAGUUUUCCCAUAUCAAAUUUGCUUUGCAGAGUUGAUGGCCUUUCAGAAAUAGUGUGAAAAGGGACAUGUUGAGCCAAAGGAAGAACAGCCUUGUUCUGUUAAUCGAAGUUUUUGCCCAAUCAAAUACAAUGUAAGCCCACCAGUGAGACUUAACAGAUCAAUUGUGUAUUUCCAUCUGGAUGCAACAUCUACAGCAAUAGACAUUUACUACUUUGUAAACUUUUUUUUAAAAAAAGUUCAAGUAGAGAGAUAUCUACCAAAAUUGUUUGUAAAGCCAUUUGAAAUAAUGUGGCCGGUUUAUCUUUCACCUUAUUUAAACCAGAUUCGUGAUUUUUGAGAAUUUACAGCUUUGGAUACUAUUUCUGUAGUGAGUUCUCACUGGAGAUAUCUUGUGAAGGUGGAAGCUGCAUGUGUUAUGGAAAUAUAUUUUUUUAUUUGACCUGAACAGUUAAUUGGACUGCUAGCAACAUCUCUUAGGAAUCUGAUGGGUAAACAUUUGAGCUUAUUUUGUGAAUGAUUAAUGUGAAAAUAUAAUUGCACCUUCUGCUUUUGAUUGCCAUGUUAGCCUUGCUGUUUAGUAUCCCCCUUUUCUCUGGACAA